AAGAAUUUGACUUCCAAAAUAGAACGAUGGACGAAAGUCGCGGGACUGCUCGUUUGGGGGCGAAGAAGGCGGAGGAUUUCAACGUUCGAAUCUCCGAAUUCCGGCAACAAGCCGUACAACAAAAGUUCAGGGCUGCUCAAAUUACCGCCUGCCGACGAUUCCACUAUUAUUCUUGUCAAAACCCAGAGCAGGCCGUUGCUUGUUCCUGUUCUGCUGCAUUCGGGGCUGCAAUCUCCAACCUGGCUGAGGUUGGUCUUCCAGAAUUAGGAUGGAUCAAUUCAGGCAGGUUGGAGAGGUUCUGGGAAGUAUGAAGGCUCUUAUGGUAUUGAAAACUGACAUUACAAUCAAUCGAAAGCAGUGCUCUUUGUUGCUCGAUAUCUUCAAUUUGGCCUUUGAAACUGUUUCAGAUGAGAUCAGACAGAACCUUAGGCUAGAAGAGAAGAACACAAAGUGGAGAGCUCUUGAGAACCCUCUUAAGGAGCUCCAUAGGAUCUUCAAAGAAGGUGAACUGUACAUUCGUCAUUGCUUGGAAAUUAGAGACUGGUGGGGCAAAGCGCUGAGUCUCCAUCAGAACAAGGAGUGUGUCGAGUUUCACAUUCACAACUUGCUCUCCUGCUUUAGUAUCGUAGUUGAGGCCAUUGAGACUGCUGGAGAAAUCUCGGGAUCAAACAAUGAUGAUAUGCAGAAAAGGAGACAGUUGCUCAUGAAAAAGUAUGAUGGAGAGUGGAAUGACCCAAAAAUUUUCCAGUGGAAGUAUGGAAAACAGUACUUGAUUCCUCGAGAGAUAUGUGACAGGUUGAGCAAUGCUUGGAGAGAAGAUAGAUGGCUGCUUCUUGAAGCAAUAAGGGAGAAAAGAAGCUCUGCUUUGACCAAGCAUGAGCAAAGAAUUGCAGAUCACCUGCUUAAGAAGCUAAAUGAAUCGGAGACAACUAAGGGAAAGCUUUUACCAGCUUGGACCUUAUUGGGGGUUAAGGACUACCAUGUGAAGCGACGGCUUGGACCAGGGGGGGGCCACUAUAAGGAGAUCCAUUGGUUUGGGGAAGGUUUUGCUUUGAGGAACUUCUUUGGGGAGAUAGAUGAAAAACAGCAGAAGGAGAUUUCUUUAGCCCUUUCUGUUUCCCAUCCCUGCAUUGCGCAAUACCUCUGUGCUUUUUAUGAUGAAAAAAGGAAAGAGGGCUUUCUUCUUAUGGAGCUUAUGAACAAUUUUCUUGGAACUUACAUCAAAGAGAAUUCUGGCCAGAGAAAACGGAAUCCAUUCUCUCUCCCAGUUGCAGUCGAUAUCAUGCUUCAGAUUGCAAGAGGUAUGGAAUACCUACACUCUCAAAAGAUCUAUCACGGAGACUUGAACCCAUCUAAUAUCCUCCUAAAAGCAAGGAAUUCCUCUGCAGAAGGUUAUUUUUGUGCAAAAGUCGCAGGUUUUGGCUUAACCUCCAUUAAGACUCAUGCUUCUCGAUCUCAUGCAAACCAAAAUGUAGAUGACCCUGUAAUAUGGUAUGCCCCUGAAGUUCUGGCAGAGCAGGAACAGCACGGUGGUAGUUGCAGUUCAAAAUACACAGAGAAAGCUGAUGUCUACAGCUUUGGGAUGCUUUGCUUUGAGAUUCUCACUGGCAAGACUCCAUUUGAGGAAGCACACCUUCAAGAAGACACAGUGGCCCGUAACAUAAGAGCAGGGGAAAGGCCACUCUUCCCGUACGCUUCCCCAAAGUCCCUAGUGAACUUUACUAGAAAAUGCUGGCAAGCUGAACCAACUCAGCGCCCAAGUUUCCCAGCAAUAUGUCGUAUUCUAAGGUACAUCAAGAAAUACCUUGUCAUAAACCCUAAUCUUGGUCAGCCAGAAUCACCACCACCACUCGUGGAUUACUGUGAAAUCGAAACGGGGUACUCAAAGUUGUACCCUGGAGACGGUAGUCACAAUUUGGCUCCAGUCUCACAAGUUCCUUUCCAAAUGUUUGCUUAUAGACUUGUUGAGAAAGAGAAGACUUCUGGGAACUACGAGAAACUUUGGGAUUUAGCUGGUGAAGUACCUUCACUUUGGGGCCUGCUUCAGGCUGGGAUGAUGAUAAUGGCG